UUCAGCUAAAUUACUGAAAUUGAACGACGUAAUAAAACACAGAUUUCAAUCUUUUCCAGAAAUGGGAAACGACUGUACUGGAUCUAAGCCUUCAAGAGAAUCUCAGUCUGGUGGUCCACAGAAAGGUGGUCAGUCCGUGCCUACUAAAGAAAGUGGUCAUCAUGGGUUUGCCAUAAAAGGUGGGCACCAUGGGCAACCGAAUGAAGGUAUGCCUGGAGAGACCAGACAUCAGAAAAAUAGCCAAUAUGGACUUUUGGAGGGAGGCCAACAAAGAGGUCAGUAUUCGCAUACGGGAGGAAGCAAAACUGGACAUUUUAAGGGACGUCAGUAUCAGCAGAUGCAGGAAUGUCAGGUCGGAUAUUCAAAGGAAAUUGAAAAGAAGAAAGAUCUAAAUCAAGCAUCUACAUGUGACAUUCAUGCAUAUUUUCAAGAAAACAGCAGCGAGGAAAGGAACGAAUUGAAAACACUAAGACAGGAAAAUAUGAAGCUAACUGAUGCAAAAAAGGGACUUGAAAAGUCAAAUUUAGAAUUAGCAAAAGACAGGGACAGGUACAAAGAAGCUAUGGUGAGAAAGGAAAACGAAUUAAAAUUACUGCAAGACAAAACAGUCAGGUACCGCGAGAAAUUAGAAAAGAAAAAAGGACAAAUUGCCUCAUUUCAGCAAGACCUAAAGAAGAUACAGAAAGAGAGAGACAAUCUUCUGACAAGGUACAGUGCUUUGGCUGGUAGCAAACUUACAGACGGCAAUGCUAAUAUUGCUGACCUCAGCGAUGAAAACCGACCGACAAAGUUAGCUGAACAAUACGCAGAAUUAUACGACAAUGAAUGGACUGAUGCUUUUACUGUUCUUUCAGCAGAUGGAACUAGAUCAAGUGAUGAUGUUUGCCAUGUCCUUGCGAAAGCUUUUUGUAUAAUAUAUUCAACAACCAGAAAAGAAGCUGACAGAGACUUGGAGACACUGACCAAUGCCAUUAAAUUGUUUUUAAAGGCCGACAAACUACCAACAGAAGUGUUAAAGGCUGCAAAAGAUAGGAGGAAAAAGGAACCUGGUAGAUACCUGGAUAGAAUAAGGAAGCUUUACAGCGAUGAUAUCGGGAAGGUCCUUUCAUCUGAGGAACAAAAACAUGUUUCACAGUUUUUGCAGAAAAGCAUUGAUCUUUGUUGGUUGAUGGCUAUUCAAGAUCCUCCAUUGUAUGUAGAUACAAAUUUGUCACGCAUGGAUGAAAAGUUCGACACAAAUCAUUUUAAACCAUACAUGGCAACGGGAAAGUUCAUCGACUUUGUAGUCUGGCCAGCAUUGUAUCUGUUCGAAGAUGGUAACAUGUUGAGUAAAGGAGUUGCCCAAGGCAAAAAAGUUCGUAGAAAAAGCCAACCAUAUAACAACGUUGAAAUCGUGACACAGCAAAUAAAGGUCUUAAAAGAUCCACACCAUCCAUAUAGUACGAAUCCAGUAUCAUUUAUGCAAAAAAACAAAGAAAAUAUCACAAUUCUUUCUGUUGGAAAGCCUGAUAAGAGUGGAAAUGAUUAUGCAGUAGUCCCGCAAUCUCAAAAAAAGCUUGGAUCAUCGGCUAGACACCAAAGUCAAGAUUUGAAUUGUUCACAAAAUGCUGGGGAAAACAUAUCUCCCCGAGACGAAGGCAUAAAAGACACAACGAGUGUGUCAAGAGAACAUGAAAGUGCAAGUACCCCUGGUCCAGCAACCACUUACGAAGCAAACAGUCGACCUAAAUCAUAUGCUAGCGUAUCACUUUCCGCUACAACAAAACCGACGACGACGACUCUUAAAGAAUGGACCUACAUCAACAGAAACCAAACGAUGACACUGAAAUAUCAAAACAGUUGACUCUGGACAAGAGAAAGGUGCCAAAAAUAUUAAAUUAAAGUUUUAACGACGUAAUUAUGUGGCAUUUGAAAUUUAAUAUAUCACAACAAAAAAGAUUUCUUAGACAAAUAAUUGAAAAAUAUCAUAAUAACUAGCCUAACUGAAAUAUCUAGCAAGGUUUCUUCUUUAGAAUAGUAACAUCAAUGUGCCGUGCAUAUUUAAGUUAAAACCAUUAAGUAAAAUGGCACGAGGUUAUAUCAAAGCUGACAUUUAUACUAACAACAUAAAUACAAAAUUUUCAAGUAAAUCGAUACAAAUCAAUUGUUUAUACAGUGUAUAUAUAUUGUUCAAUAAGUGACACAGACAAAUACGCAUAAUUUGCUGAGCAAUGUAUUUACGUGCAUUUGGCGUAAGAUCAGUCAAAAAUGUUGGGAUGGAGUUGUUGGGGGAGGGGGGGGGGGGUUUGGAUCGGGCAUUUGGAGACGAACAGUAAAAUCUAUAAACCCAUAAAACGUUAUUCCCCUUCUUGGCAAUAGAUGUCGCAUCAGAGCAUCAGAUCCCUAUUAGUACAUCUGAAUAUCUAAAUGCCGUGUGUUGUUUUUCUUUAUCUACUUUAAUUUCUGAGAAGAACGUUUUUGAGUAAAACGUUGGGGGAUCAAUCCAUAUGCUGGCAGCAAUUUUCAUAAUUUCGCGGGGGGUGGGCUCCGGCUCACCCCCGCCCCUUUCCUGCUAGACCUUACUUGUUAUCAAUAUAUAUUUGUAAAUUGUGCAAAAUGUAUACAUAUUUUAUCAUUUGUACAUACCGGAAAUAAGUUACUCUUCUGUUACUUCCAUUUUUUAUACAUUUUAUGAAAAUACACUUCUAUUAAUUUUACGAUUGUCAUUAUAACACAGAUCUAUAAAUAACAUAUUUUUAUUCACUUGUACUUAAUUCAAUGUAUUUAACCUAAUUGAAAUACAACAACAAAAACGGAACGGAAAUGGCUUAUCAUCUAUAUAUUAUAUCUACUACAACUAGAACACGUAUAAAAGGUUCAUAUGAAUAGCAGAUAAUCAAGAAAUUACUUGUUAUGUUCUUUUAAACUAUAUGCACUAUGUUAUUUUGGGGUGCCAUAUGUGCACCUUUUUCCUGCCCACACUGAUUACUUGUCCACUGGUAUACAAAAUCAAUCGCAUUCCAUUUUGCGAAUUCAAUCAUUAUUUCAUAAAUCUACACACUUGACAACAAAAGUUACGAUAGGUCCAUGCAUAUAAUUGUCACGCCCUCAAAUCAGUUUGCUAGUGGAAACGUCCAAUAACCAUUGAUAGAAAAUUUCUCCCUACUUUCAGUAUAGGACUAAUAUAUGAUAACAAUUUGACGUAAUUUUGCUGUCAAGUAUAUUAUUUGGAUCCAGACUAAUACAUUUACGGAACCCUAGCCAUUUCAACGCGAAAAUUGGUAUGGGCUGGUCGUAUCUAGACAGCGCCUCGUGCAUAUAUAGAAUGAUUUUACUUAUUAUAUAAUAAGGUAUUGUACCCGUAAUAGAGUACCACCUUUUAGAAGAGUAUUCAUUUCCUACCAUAAGCCUACUUUGACUGCAAUUUUCAGGGGGUGUAGGUUCAAACCUAACUGGGACCAAAACUUUUUUAUUCCCAUACUUUCCUUUUUUUCUAGUAAGUUUAUACUUCUUUCAAGACUUAUCAUGGAUGUUUUGUACAAAAUUGAAAAAUUUUCAUUUUAUAAGCGAUUUUUUGCUGUUCAAAGUGAAUUUACCACUGAAUCAGGAGGGGUAGGGUUAGACAUCUUUAAAAAUACUGAAUUACGUGCCGUAAAAAUUCUUUAUUUUGCCUUCAUUCUUUAGAUUAUAUUUUGUGGAAGAAAUGCAGGUAGGUUUUACUUUUGCUCCAAGGUUAUUUUUGAAUGAAGUGAGCAAAAUUCAAAACAGACCCACAGGAUUCGACCUUAAUUUUUCAAUGUUGGAGUUAGAAUUCUGUCUCAUUAAAUCUGUUUACUUUAGGAACCCUAGAAAAAAAAAGAUAUUUACAGUUUUAUUUUGUGUUAUAUAAUUGUUUAACAAUAGUUUGAUGUUUCUUUUAUCAGAAUUAAUGCUGUAAUGAAUUCUUUGCAAACGUUUUAGAUAGUGGCCAUCACAUUGAAAUUUGUCUCUACUUGAGCUUGAGGAAAUACCAUAAAUUAUACAAAAUUUACAAAAGAACGGCCCGGUAAAGGUUGUUUAAAAUAUGCAACACAGUGCGAUGGUCAACUAUAAGAAUAUACCAAGCAAAUGCCAUUUUUUAAACAUUACUAUUAGGGGUCCAAUACCUUAAAUCUGCCGCUAUGACUAUCUGGUUAAAAGAAAUAAGCCAGACUAAUUUUUAAAUACCCCUACGUAACUUUUGAAAAGUGUUGAAAAGUUUAAAUGUUUCAGAUUUAAAGUGCAAACAAUAUUAUGGAAUCAUCUUCACAUUCUUAUUUGAUGUUUUGUUAUGUUUUCUUUAGUCUAAAAUUGUUUAGGGCUUUGUUGCGCGGAUUAUAAGUAACAUUUAUUUUUUAAGCAUAUGAUUUUAGCUUGUGCUAUUGCUUAGAUUUUAAACUCUUUUUAUAGUGUUACUUGCUGUUUAUGUCACUAUGGAUUUGUAUAUAAUACAUUUUUUUUCAAAUUCAUGUCCUAUGUUACACGCUUAGUAUAGAAUUUUUAGAUGAUAUGUUACAUAUGUUAGACUGGCUAUAGUCAUAUAUACAUGUAUUGUUCUUUUCAAAUAAAGUUAUAAUUGUUA